UCCCCGCUGUCCGGUCACGUGACCAGGGGAUGAGCCGAAUUAAUGCUGAGGCACAGAGCCCUGAACACACGACGCACUGGAUGCUUACACUCUGAAUACCGCACUGCAAACCCUCGCCAUUACAUCUCUGAGAGGCCUACAUGAAAUAACUGCACCUCGUUCUGAAGCAGGAAGAUGAUUUCGCCGUGGGACAGAUGGUACACGACGAGCUGCUGCCUUUGUUGUCAUGUACGGACGGGAACCAUUAUCCUCGGCGUCUGGUACAUGCUCAUCAAUGCCGUGGUGCUGUUAAUCCUGCUGUCUGCUCUAAACGACCCAGUGCAGUAUCACUACCACCUCACCAGUGCCGAACUUGGCACAGACUUGGAUGUCAUGGAUGACGCAAACAUGUGCAUCGCUGCUGCAAUUUCCCUGCUGAUGAUAUUGAUUUGUGGGAUGGCGACCUAUGGUGCUUAUAAGCAACAUGCUGCUUGGAUUAUUCCAUUUUUCUGCUACCAAAUCUUUGAUUUUGCCCUUAACACCCUGGUAGCAAUUAGUGUCAUGGUUUACCCGAACACCAUUCAGGAUUACCUUGAGCAGCUGCCUGGGACCUUUCCAUACAAAGACGACUUAAUGUCCACCAACAACAUAUGCCUAGUGUUCGCAGUACUUGUCUUCAUCGGCUGUAUUCUGGCCUUUAAGGCUUACCUGAUUGCCUGUGUGUGGAACUGCUACAGAUACGUUAGUGGAAGAGGCACCACAGAGGUCUUGGUUUAUGUCACCACUAAUGAUACAACAGUGCUGCUCCCAUCCUAUGAAGAGGUUGUUGCAAUUCCGCCGAAGGAGCCACCCCCUGAGUAAAUCUCAACAUGAGACGGAUGUUUUCUCUCUCUGACUCCUUCAGUCUUCUCCAUAUAUAUCCUCCAAAGAAAAGCUUUUUCUGUCAGUGUUUCCUAUUUCCCCACUCGAGCCUUCCACUUUUUACUCUGUGACAUGUCUAUCCUUUGCUCCCUGAAGGCAGUAGUGUGACUUGCUUUUCCCUCUGCGAGUCUUCACAGCCUUCCUGGCAACAGUGCUGCGUGUCAGCUCCAAUUUGGAUUUGCACUUUCAGCGUUCAGUCGUUAUGCACAGCACUGACCUCCCCUUUUUUAAAUACUGUGAACUUCUCAGCACUGCUGUUGGCUACUGAAAUACCUGACAUAUAAAUGUGGCAGGUGUAAUAAACAUGCGAGUUACUUAAGAGCACUUUCCGACUGGCAGUUUUCCCAGGAACCUGAUGAAUGUGGCAGCCAGGGUAAUAUAUAUAUACACAUACAUCUUUAUAUUAACAAUGAAUUGUGAGAAUUGUGAGAAUUGUGAGAAGAUCCUGAAUGACCAGUCUACAACAUCUUAAACAGGUUUAUACCAACAGUAGCCAAUAUUUAAUGCAAUUUCAAAGUUACUAAUAAAAAUACAUUUCAGAUAAUUUCCUAGUGAUGGGUUAACAGAAACAUUUUGCAAGUAUUCCAAAUUUGAGAUGAGAUAUAGUGUAUAUAGUUGCAGUUUAAUGAAAAACAAGGAUACAGGUUUAAAUGUGAAAGUAAUCUAGUCAUUUUCACAACAUUAUCUUCAUUAUUUUUCAUAUAGAAUAUCUGAAUAUGGCUAUUUCACACACUGCCCUGUAUUGCUGAUUUUAUUUAAAACCAUACAUCCAGUUGCUACCGGUCCUAUGCAGAGUCGCCACAUUGUUUUUGCACAUAAGUCUUAAUAAUUCAUGUUGUACGUUCUCUGAUAGAUAAUGAAGGAAAGUUAUAGACUGUAUGUAGCACAGUAAUGUAGUACUGCUAUUACACAGCCGUGUAUGGGUCUGAAUAUAGGUGACAUGAAUCUCCUGAAGUCUUCCCUAGCUUAAUUCUGCUUAAAAUUUGAAAAUGAAUUUGUUAAUGUUAUAUAAAGAUCUAUGCAACAACUAUGCAGAAUUAUGUUAAAUUGUACUGCGUUUCAACACCGAGCACUUUAGUAUCGAUGCCUUAAAUGAAGCCUGCAGACUCUCGGUCACUGCUCUGGUUAUAUUAUUUCCCCUGAAUUUGCAUUUUCCAUUUACCGGUUAUUUAUAGUGUUCACUUGUCUAGCUGAUUUCUGUAAUUAUUCAUUGGGAGCUGUCCUCCUUGCUUUAUGUAGCUCUAGGGUGCAAUGGAAGGAAAUUUGCUAAUUAGUAAAUAACAAAAAGGGGGGACAAAAAUCUUACAAAACUACCAACAAUCUAUAGAUAAACCAAUGGUUUUUACAUUGUUGCUACAUUUUAUACACUGAAUACAUUGAUCACAUCUCUCAGAGCUCUUAAACUAUAUAAACCAGUGACAGAAUGUCUGUCUGCUCCAGUUAAGCAUUCCAUACAAAAGAGCUGUGGGUUGAAACGUAGUAAAAUAUCGCUAUGAACAACCUGCAGUAACCACGUUUGCCGUUUCCUUGUCAUGAACCAGAUCGUUAUUCAGAUUCAAUCAUUUUGUCCUGUGAUGUGUUUAGGCUCCUAAAAUCUAACAUUAUAACCUGAUCCAGUUAAUCACCUUAAAUUUCUGAGUGUGUAAUAUGUUUGCUUAGAAAAAAAUAGUCAAUUCUGAAAUUUCUUACUGGUUUUUACUGUUGGUUGUAUGUUUUGUCUGUAAUUGAGAUGAUUCGAACUUGAUGUUCUAUCAGCUGCAAUAUUUGUACUGAACAGUUCUUAAAAUUAAAAGAAUCUCAUGUUGA